AUGGAUGUUCUGUUGGGGAAUACGGGGAAGAAGGCCGCGGCUGGCGGGUGGAGAAAAUCCGCGUCCACAUCAUCAGCUGGGCCAGCAGUAGCAGCAGUGGGGCAGGGGAGGGCGAGGGGAGCGCAGACGGCAGGGCAGGGAUGGGGGCAGGGGAUAGGGCAAGCGGCGGGGGAGAGUGCAGGGCAGGGGUUAGGCCAGGGAGUGAUGGGGGGAAGCAGCUGGGAGAGAAGGGUGGAGGCGCAGGGGGAAGCGAUGUACGGCGGGCUGGGCGCGGAGGACGACGAGGAUGGGGUGCUGGAGGCGUAUGCUGUGGAUGAUUUGGAGGAGCUGGAUGCGGUGGAAGGGGGUGAUGGUGCAUGGAUGGUGGAGAGCGGUCAGGUGGGGGGUGGGUUUCAGGAGUUGCAGCAGCAGCAGCAGCUGCAUGUGCAGCAGGGGUAUCAUAUGGUGCAGCAGCAGCAGCAGCAGCCGCAACAGCUUUACCAGCAGCAAUACCCCAACGAGUACCACCAGCAACAGCAGUAUUACCAGCAGCAGCAGCUACGCCAGCAACAGCCACAGCCGCAUGUACAACCCUACCAAGAUCAGCCCGUUCAGCAACAACAACUGCCGCUGCAGCAGCAACCACAACAGCAACACCAGCCGCCCCAGCAGCAGCAGCAGCAGCAGCAGCAGCAGCAGCAGCAGCAGCAGCAGCAGCAGCAGCAGCAGCAGCAGCAGCAGCAGCAGCAGCAGCAGCAGCAGCAGCAGCAGCAGCAGACAGGAUACAACCGUCAGCUGAGAACCCCACCACCAGAGUUCCACUCCCCGCGGCACCUAGAGGAAAUGAGGCGCCGCUCCUCCUCCCUCUCCCCAGCACGUGGCGCUGUCUCUGCAUCAGCCUCGGAUGAGCGCAUUCCUCUCCACACUGCUGCUGCCGGUCGUUCCGACUGCUCCUCGCCUCUCAGAGGCGCCGCCCCUGGCGUCUCAGGUGGUGCCUCUCCUGCUUCUGGGUAUGGCGGCGGGGCGUAUGGGCAGCAGGAGCAGUACGGGCAGCAGGGGCAGUACGGGCAGCAGGGGCAGCAGGGGCAGUAUGGGCAGCAUGGGCACUCCAGCAGCAGCGGCAGUCUGGGGCAUGUGUCGCCUGGUCACGGGCAUAUGUCUCCUACCAUUGCGCGUCUCUCACCUGGUUCAGGUCAUGCCUCUCCCAGCAGGGGCCGUGCCAGUCCGGGUCAUGGAUCCCCUGGGCGGGGCUAUGCUGCUCUCGGCCCUCGAGACAGUGAUCCGCGCGACGGUGCACUGACUGGCUUGCCUGCUGCUGCUAUCGGUGCUGCCGAUGCUUCUGGGCCUGCUGGUGCUACUGCUGGUUCUGCUGCCGGUGCUGCUAGUGCUCGCUCGCCUGCGGCUGCUGGUCGUGGGGCGUAUGGGAGAAGCCAAGGGGUUGAGAACGGUGGAGGAGGGCGGAUGUCCGCGCAGGCAGGCGCGGAGCAGCAGAGCGGGGGAGAGCAAUCCGCAGGAAGGGUGGACGGGCGGGUGGGGGGAGCGGAACCGGCAAGGGCAAGCCUGGGCGGAGGAGUGGCGAGGGAGGCGGAGGAGGGCAAGCAGGAGGGCGGAGAGGGACGUGUGGGGAGUGGGCGGAGAGGGGAAGACGAUUUAGUGGCUGCCGCUGCUCUGGUUAGCGGAGCAGCGGGUGCUGGUGACGACAGGGAGAAUGAGGCGGGGACAGGAGGAGCAGGAGCAGCAGGAGGAGGAGAAGGAGCCGCAGUAGGGGAUUCAAGCGUUCUACCUUCUGCCGGUGGUUCCGGGGCUGGUGCUGAUGCCAGUGCUGGUGCAGGGGUUGCAGCAGCAGGGGCCGCGCCAGGUGCUAGUGCAGAGGCGCCUGGUAGGAGAGGUGCAGGCGGGAAUGGAAGAGGAGGAGGAGGUGGAGGCGGAGGGGGUAUUUCAGAGAUAGCACUGGCCCGGAACCUGAGUCUGCAGGUGAAGAAGGCAGAGCAGCAGGUCUCCCUGGACAGGAAUCUGUCUCUUCGCAACAUCAAGAAGCAGGGCAAGGACCUGGUACCAAAGCUGACCACUCUGCUCAAGAAGUCAGGUAUGCUUGGUGCAGCAGGGGUGGGUGCAGCAGGGGUGGGUGCAGCAGGGCUUGGUGCAGCAGGGCUGGGUGCAGCAGGGGUGGGUGCAGCAGGGCUUGGUGCAGCAGGGCUUGGUGCAGCAGGGCUUGGUGCAGCAGGGCUUGGUGCAGCAGGGCUGGGUGCAGCUGGGCUGGGUGCAGCAGGGCUUGGUUCAGCUGGGCUGGGUGCAGCUGGGCUGGCUAGCUCAGCAGGCGCGGGAAUAAGCUAUGCGGGCGCGGCAGGGCUGAGCGCAGCAGGCGCGGGGAUCAGCGCAGCGGGGGCGGGCAUCACUGCAGCGGGGGCGGGCAUCAGUGCAACGGUGGGGAAGAGACCGCCCAAACCCGGGCGGUCUGCGACUGAGAAGGAGCGCUCCAUGCCUUCGCUCUCCAUGCCCUCCAUGCCAAGGUCACUCACCCUCUCAAGGCACAAGGACGGGCCUGAACGGCCAGAGAAAACUUUUGGGGACCUACCCGCACCCAAGCGCACCCAUUUCCAGUACUCUGAGCUCCAGGCAAGCACUCUUGCACUCCCACUCAUACUCGCAGUCACUUUUAUGUGCACACACACACACAGUCACACUCCUAUGCAAGCAUGCUUGGCUUCACUCUCAUGUUCAUGCCGUGCUUACUCGUGCUUACACUCACAACAAUCACCCUUCGCCCUCUCUCUCUCCGCACCCUCCCUCCUCUCCCUUCUCCCUCCCCUCCCACCUCUCCCUCCCCUCUCUCGUCUCCCUCCCUUGACCCCUCUCCCUCCCCUCUUCGCUCUCUCCCCAUCCUCCCCUCUUUCCCCCCCCUCCCCUCUCCCACAUCUGCCUUCGCUCUCUGCUCUCUUUCUACCACCAUCGCAGCUGGCGACGGGGAAUUUCGACGAGGCCAAUGUGCUGGGCCAGGGCGGCUUUGGGAAGGUGUACUACGGGGUGCUGCCCGUGCAGCCAGCGCAGGUGGUGGCGGUGAAGGUGCUGACAAGGGGCGGGUCGCAGGGCGAUGAGGAGUUCACGAUUGAGCUGGAGCUGCUCAGCCGACUGGAGCACAAACACCUGGUGAAGCUGUUUGGGUUCUGCAUGCGCUCGCAGCAGCGCCUGCUCGUCUACCAGUUCCUGCCCAACGUCCCCUUCUCUCUCUUCCAUCCCCCUGUUUGGGUUCUGCAUGCGCUCGCAGCAGCGCCUGCUCGUCUACCAGUUCCUGCCCAACGGCUCCCUCACGGACCACAUGCACGGUGGGUUGGUGCUGCUGCUGGUGGUGGUGGUGGUGGUGGUGGUGGUGGUGGUGGUGGUGGUGGUGGUGGUGGUGGUGGUGGUGGUGGUGGUGGUGGUGGUGGUGGUGGUGGUGGUGGUGGUGGUGGUGGUGGUGGUGGUGGUGGUGGUGGUGGUGGUGGUGGUGGUGGUGGUGGUGGUGGUGGUGGUGGUGGUGGUGGUGGUGGUGGUGGUGGUGGUGGUGGUGGUGGUGGUGGUGGUGGUGGUGGUGGUGGUGGUGGUGGUGGUGGUGGUGGUGGUGGUGGUGGUGGUGGUGGUGGUGGUGGUGGUGGUGGUGGUGGUGGUGGUGGUGGUGGUGGUGGUGGUGGUGGUGGUGGUGGUGGUGGUGGUGGUGGUGGUGGUGGUGGUGGUGGUGGUGGUGGUGGUGGUGGUGGUGGUGGUGGUGGUGGUGGUGGUGGUGGUGGUGGUGGUGGUGGUGGUGGUGGUGGUGGUGGUGGUGGUGGUGGUGGUGGUGGUGGUGGUGGUGGUGGUGGUGGUGGUGGUGGUGGUGGUGGUGGUGGUGGUGGUGGUGGUGGUGGUGGUGGUGGUGAGUGUGCUAGUGAUGAGUGCAAGAAGAGGGAGGAGAACGGCCCACUGUCGUGGGAGAGGAGGCUGCGGAUAGCCGUGGGGUCGGCGAGGGGCCUGCAGUACCUCCACUCGCAGAGGCCCCAGAUUCUCCACCGCGACAUCAAGUCGUCAAAUAUCCUUCUCACCGACAACUUUGCUGCCAAGGUGCAUCGAGGGACAAGAUUAGGAGGCGGACUCUGGGUGUGCGAAGCUGAUAAAGCAGACGAUCAAGGUGGAGGACCCGCAGACGGGGCAACAAUGAGGGUUCAUCCCUUCCUCCGGCUCCCUUUCCCCUGCGCACACACACAGGUGGCGGACUUUGGGCGUGCGAAGCUGAUAAAGCGGACCAUCAAGGUGGCGGAUUUCGGGUGUGCGAAGCUGAUCAAGCAGACGAUCAAGGUGGAGGACCCAGUGGCGGACUUUGGGUGUGCGAAGCUGAUCAAGCAGACCAUCAAGGUGGAGGACCCAGUGACGGGGGAGCUGGUGGAGCGGCUGGGGGAGAGCGUGGAUGUGGCCAUGGGCACCCAUGGUCACAUGGCGCCUGAGAUUCUCAUGACUGGGGAGAUCAGCUCCGCUACUGACGUGUAUAGUGCGUCGCUGAUCCGCUUUGCAGAGCUGGCGCACUCGUGCAUCCUCUUUGACCCGCUCUCCCGCCCCUCCAUGGCGGAUGUUGCCCAUGCCCUCCAUGCCAUCUAUCUCGACAAAGACUACAGCUCGAUACCCUCUGCUGCUCAACAGAAGCGAUCCCAAUCCCAUUCCCAACACCAACACCAGAACCAGUCCCAAUCCCAGGGCCAAGCGGCCCAGUCCUCCUCCUCUCGCUCCUCCCCCACCGCCUCUGACGAUGACGGCAGCAACCGCGGGUCACACCAGAAAGGCUCUCAACACAACAGCCACAGCAGCGGUGGCAGUAACUCGGGUGGCGUGGUGGGAGCGUCGGGUCUGAAGGACAAGGAGCUCUUCACGAAGCAGGACCCGUACGUCGUCGUGGAGUACGGUUCGCAACGGUUCCGCACCAAGACAGAUAAAGAUGGCGGCACUACCCCUGCAUUCAACUCCACGUUCCACCUGCAGUUGUUGCCCGGUGUAGAGGAGUUCUCUGCGGUGCUGUGGAAUGACAACCUGGGGCGCGACGACGUGAUUGGCAGCUGCCGGGUGAAUUUCCGCCAGGCGUUCUCCAUGGGCGUGUGGGACAUGUGGCACCCCGUCUACACCAAGAGCCAGAAGCAACGUGGCAGCCUUCAUUUGAUUAUCAAAGCUCCUGGGGCUAGGGCACCUGGAGGAUACCCCCCAUCAUCAUACCCACCUGCACCGUACCCCACCGCACCAUACCCCCCAGCCCCAGCAUACCCUGCAGGGUCACCUUACCCGCCCCCAUCCGGCCCACCAAACCCCUACCCACCCGCUCCAGGCCACCCCGCCCCUCCCCCAUCCGCCUACCCUCCCCCAUCCUCCUCCGCCCCUCCCCCAUCCGCCUACCCUCCCCCAGCCGCCUCCCCCUACCCCCCUGCGUCCUCCUACCCUGCCCCUUACCCCCAGAGCGCACCCUCCCCCUACCCUGCUGCCCACACCGCCCCUCCUGCCUACUCCAAGCCUCCUAGCGUUUCCUCUUCGGUAAACACUGUGCUGGGAGCAGUGGGAGCGCUGGUGGGAACAGCAGCAGCAUAUGCUGGGCAUGGGCAUAGUCAUAGCCAUUACCCCCCUGCGCCCUAUGGGUAUCCUCCCCCUCCUACUGGUCCGUAUGGGUAUGGGGCUCCCCCGGUUGUGGUACACCACCAUGGGCAUCAUGGUUACGGGCACCACCAUUAUAAGCACAAGUAUAAGCGCAAGGGGUUUUUUGGCCGCCGCAAGGGGUUCUUCAAAUGA